AUGGACCGAUUCAGUGGGUUAUGCGAUGAAUUGCUUGUGAAGAUACUAUCGUCUCUUUCCACUAAAGUUGCAGUAUCAACUAGCGUUUUAUCUAAGAGAUGGGAGUUUCUUUGGAUGUGGCUGCCGAAACUCGAUUACAUGACCGAUUUCAGAGAUCCAAACCCUGCACUUGGAGGUUUCAUCAGCAAGAAUCUGCCUUUACACAGAGCUCAGGUCAUAGAAAGCUUGCGCCUCAAAUCUUGCUGUAUAUCAUUUCCUCCUGAGGAUGUUAAACUGUGGAUUGGGAUUGCAGUCUCUCGCUGUCUGCGUGAGCUAAGCAUCUUAUAUCUGUCUUUCAAUGUCGAGACUCAUUUAUCACUGCCUAGCAGCUUGUUUACCUGCAAGUCUCUGGCGACUUUGAGACUUAAAGGAAUGAUUCUUGUGGAUGUUCCAAGAACGGUUUCUCUCCCUUCUUUGAAAACUCUUCAUCUUGGAGAAGUGAAAUUCUCGAACGAAGCUUCUCUUAGGCUGCUUCUGUCUUAUUCCCCUGUGCUUGAAGAUUUGGUUAUUGAGAUAGAUGGGGAUGAUCAUGUGAAAUCGUUGGUUGUUAUCGUCCCGUCUUUGCAGAGGUUGACUCUGAAGAUAGGUCUUGGAAGUUCUUCAGAUGGGUAUGUGAUAGUUACACCUUCUUUGAAGUAUUUCAAAGUUGAGGAUGACAGAGAAAGUUAUUCUUAUUUGAUUGAGCGUAUGCCAAAGCUGGAAGAGGCGUAUAUUGAUGUUCUGCAAGAUCUUGAGAAGCUUUUGGAAGCAGUGACAUGUGUCAAACGCCUUUCGUUGCGCCGAUUACUCUACAGUAGAGACGAGACUGUGUAUCGUGCUGGUGUUGUUUUCAAUCAGCUUGAACAUCUGAAGCUUGGUCUAUGCAACGACUAUUGGUCAAUGUUACUAGUCCGGUUGCUCAAAGAUUCUCCUAAGCUGCGAGUCCUCAGUCUUUACGUCCAUGAUCCAUGUUUUGAAGGGUAUGAACGGAUUAGGUGGGACGAUAAGCAGAGCUCUGUUCCGAAAUGUUUGUUGAAGAGUCUUGAAACUUUUGAGUUUAAAGGGUACAUGGGAAGACCAGAGGAGAGAGAUUUCUUGGGGUUUCUCUUCAGAAACGCUCGUUGCUUGAAGUCUACGUCAAUCUUGCGGUGA